UUGAUGCCCAGCACACAGCAGCCCUGUAGAUAUAAAGCCAGGUCCUGAUCGCUCCCUACCUGUGGUUUCUAUCCAUCAAUCACAUUAGCCUGCCACACGGGAGUUCACCUUCUAUAUACUUCAGUUCAUCCACCAGUCUGACUUUACUACUAACUCAAACAUACGUAUAUACAUUUAUAUACAAAUCAACACAACAACAUGCUCUCGAGUUCGAUCACACGUCCGCUGCAGCUCUUCACCCGGGUGAUGCAGUGGUCUAGCGCUGUCAUUGUGAUGGGUAUCACUUCUUACUUCAUCAACAAGGGUCCCCGUGGAUUGUCAAUCACAUAUCAAGAAAUCAUUUCUACUAUAUCGGUCGUGUUCUUCCUGCCAGGCUUUGUGUCACCGUUCAUGCCCACGGCUCUUAGCAAAUUCGUUCUGGGGAUUGAUGUUGUCUUCUCGUAUCUGUGGCUCACCGCAUUCAUUUUCGCCGCCCAAGACUACAACCGUCACAACUGCCGCCUCUUCGCUCCCCCAGGAAUCUCCUGCUCCAAGAAGAAGGCCAACGAAGCAUUCAUCUUCCUAGCCUUCAUCUUCACCUUCUUCGGCAUGUUCCUUGAGGUCCUCGGUCUCUGGGCCUACCGUCGCGAGAAUGUCCCUGUCCGCGAAAAGACCGGCGGUGCUCACGGCGGUCCCGCCGAUGCCCCGGUCGCGACGGCAUAAGCGUCAAACUACACUGUCGUCCACGAUCAAGUACAUAUAAGGCGGGCGGACCAGACAAUCCACGAGAACGAUUCACGAUACCAUUGAACGGGUUUCCCAGGGCAUGCACUACGCAGACGUAAUAAUACACCUAUCACGAGUGAGGAGAUGCCAGUCUACUUGUGAGGUAUUGGCAAGGGGGAAAGUGUGGAGGUCAUAGAUGGGUGAUUGAGGUGGUUGGAGGUAUACUAAUAUUUGUAAUUUCGAUAUCUGGAUAGUUCAUGUGACAUAUUUAUAUUCUA